UCUUCAACUUCCUAUUGUUUGUCUCAGACGGAGAGGGGGCUGUAUGCUGCGUGUGGGAGACCUGAGUCGGAGACGGAUUUCUCAUUGAACGGAAGAUAUAGCCCCUGGUCUCUCGGGUUCAGUCCAGACCUGUUGUAUGUCAUUGGAAUAAAGCCCCCUCGAGGACUCGACCACUGAACCCCGACGAUGGACGACGAACAACCUAGAACCCUGUAUGUAGGAAAUCUGUCCAGGGAUGUCACCGAGCCCCUCAUUCUACAAGUCUUCCAACAGAUAGGACCUUGUAAGAGCUGUAAAAUGAUCAAUGAUACGGCUGGAAAUGAUCCAUACUGCUUUGUGGAGUUCUAUGAUCACAGGCAUGCUGCUGCCUCAUUGGCGGCCAUGAAUGGAAGGAAAAUAUUGGGUAAGGAGGUCAAAGUCAACUGGGCCACAACACCAUCCAGCCAGAAAAAAGACACAAGUAAUCACUUUCAUGUCUUUGUCGGAGACCUCAGUCCAGAAAUAACAACAGAAGACGUCAAAGCUGCCUUUGCCCCUUUUGGCAGGAUAUCGGAUGCUCGCGUCGUGAAAGAUAUGGCUACGGGGAAAUCUAAAGGCUACGGCUUUGUGUCUUUCUUCAAUAAAUGGGAUGCAGAGAAUGCCAUCCAGCACAUGGGGGGUCAGUGGUUAGGGGGCAGACAGAUACGGACCAACUGGGCCACAAGAAAGCCCCCUGCUCCCAAGGCCACCUAUGAGAAUAACUCCAAGCACCUAUCCUUUGAUGACGUCAUGAGCCAGUCCAGCCCCAGUAACUGCACCGUAUAUUGUGGUGGGGUCAGCACAGGACUCACAGAGCAACUGAUGAGACAGACCUUCUCCCCAUUCGGACAGAUCAUGGAAGUCAGAGUUUUUCCAGAUAAAGGCUAUUCAUUUGUGAGGUUUAACUCCCACGAAUCAGCGGCCCAUGCCAUCGUCUCCGUCAAUGGUUCUUCAAUCGAGGGCCACAUGGUGAAGUGCUACUGGGGUAAAGAGACGCCAGACAUGAUGAACUCCAUGCAGCAGGUGUCCAUGCCCCAGCAGAACAAGAUUGGCUUCGCCGCAGCCCAGCCCUACAACCAGUGGGGCCAGUGGUACGGCAACGGGCCCCAGAUCAGCCAGUACGUCCCCAACGGGUGGCAGGUCCCCACCUACGGCGUCUACGGCCAGGCCUGGAACCAGCAGGGCUUUAAUCACUUACCGGCCAGUGCUGGGUGGACUGGCAUGAGCGCCAUCAGUAACGGUGGGGUAAUGGAGCCCACACAGGGAUUGAAUGGGAGUAUGCUAGCCAACCAGCCCGGUAUGGGAGCCACAGGAUACCCCACGCACUGAUAGGUGGGCAGGGCGGGAGGUUUGUCAGCGAUCCGGCCCGUUUGAUUGGCUGCACGGCGCCCUGUGUGUGGGCGGGGGAUGUUUAGACUCCUCCUUCCCGGUUUGCGGCAGGACUUAAAGACUCUUAACGGGAUGUGGAACCUAACGGGGGGAAGGUCGACAUCUGUGAAAUGUAAAUGGAUUCUCAUUGGGGGGGAACUGGGCGGGGGAGGGGUGGGGUAACGCGAGCCGGGGAGCGCCCACUAGUGGUGGGGAAAGACUGGCCAGGGCUCUUACCUUUUUAAGUCAACUGUAAAUGAGUACAAAAAUGUAAAGAAGAAACUUUUGAAAUGUUUUUAUUUGUCCCCCAGGGUUUUACAAAUUCUUCCAUUUUCACAUCGUUUCUUUGACGGCCACUAAAAGGUGGAUUUUUUUUUUCUUCUUCUUCUUCUUGCGUUGGAAUCAACCCACUCUAAUUUGUGAACUGACUUAUUUCAGUUUUUUUUUUAAAUUUAAUUAUUGGAUAAAAAUCAAUUGCAGGGAUUGUUACCACUGCUGUUUCUCCGUAAGGGCAGGUAAAUAUUGCACAGCUCCCCCCCCUCCCCCUCCCCCUCCCUCUCAUACUCGGCAGACGCAUUUGCUUUCCAGGAUCGUUUCCUUUCUGCAUUCCUUUUCUUCUUCCUCCUUUUUUCCCCCUGACAGCCUCAAAUCCUUCUCGCCAUGUGUAAAUAACCAUCUAUUGACUCAUUUGGAAACGAUGUAUGCAUUAAAAAAAAAAGAAAAUGAACAAAAAAAAAAAAAGAAAAAAAACAAUUGCUACUGUUAACUGUGGGUGCUUUGCUUUCAGUUCGGUUUUGAUAAUUCAACGGUUAACGGCAACAUUGUACGUAGCAGAGUGGCGCUGUUUAAACGUGACACUGGUGCAGUGAACACAGUUCUUCCUGGCAGGGAUAAGACUGCAUUGCCAUGCAGUGCAUACUUAAAUCUAACAGAGUUCAAAUGUUAAAAGGUGAAUAUGUAUGUUCGAAGCUGAUUUUUUUUUUUUUUUUUUUUUUUAAUAUCUAUUGAAAUCCCAGUAUUUUAUAUUGAAACUGAGUGGAUUCAACCUUUACUCUCGCUCAUUUUUGCCAGAGACUUGGGGAGGCCUACAUCGUAACUGUUGCCUUACAGAGCUGGUUUCUUUUAGCUGACUAAACACUUUUUAAUUAGGCAGUGCCUACAGACAUUUUCAAGCCCUUUAUAUAUAUAUUUUUGUUUUUGUUCAGAAAGUUGUUCAGCCCUGAUAACUGUUGACUCUGCUACUGUAAUCGAUGUUUUCUCUUUUUUUUUUUGUUUUUUUUUUUCUUUCUUUGCUUUGUCCAAUUAAAAUGCUAAUACAACAUAUA